AUGCCGGAAGAAGCAGCAGAUACCAAACCACCAAAUCUGAUAGAGGCCUUCCAGGAAACCCUGAACGGGCUCAUCGAAAACCCAUAUCCACACGUCAGCAAUCCCGAGGGCUGCAAAAAGAGGGCCAGCGUCGCUCUGAUAUUGCGAGUCCGGCCGCAGUUCAAUAAUUGGCCAGAGCCACAGACUGGAGAGAGAACCAAAGAUGAGAAAUGUACCUUACAUGAAUCUCUAGAUCGCUUCUUUGCACAGGAUUGGGUACAACAUGGCGAUCCUGAGGCUGUCUUUAUCAAAAGAGCUGCGCGAGUAGGAGACCGAUGGACCAGCCAUGUUGCUCUCCCAGGAGGCAAAAGGGACCCAGAAGAUGAAGACGACAAGGCCGUGGCAAUCAGGGAAACCGCUGAAGAGAUAGGGUUUGAUCUCACAUCUCCCCAUGCUCUGUUCUUAGGCAACCUUCCGGAGCGGGUGGUCAGCACUUCCUGGGGAAAAGUCCCGAUAAUGGUACUUUGCCCAUUUGUAUUCCUCUGGACUGAGCCAGAGCUUCCGCCGUUCAAAUUACAACCUGGCGAAGUUGCGUCAACACAUUGGGUGCCUUUGCGAAUCCUCCUUUCUCCUUUGUCUCGAACAUAUGAAUAUGUGGAUGUAUCAGACCGAUUCGCACGUCGAGGCGGAGUUGUAUCGAAGUCUAUCAUAAGAUCCAUUCUAGGAAAGAUGCGGUUCUCUGCUAUAAGAUUGGUUCCUUCGGAGUCGUUGUAUUGUAGCUCUACGGCCGAGUUCUUCCCUCCCGAGGAUUCAGACUCCGAUACGGCCCCAAAGGCUUCAGUAGGAAGUAGGCUCUACACUUGGUAUCUUGGAGAUCAUGCUGGAUCGGCAGAUAAGGCAAGACCGUUGUUAUUAUGGGGGUUGACUCUAGGGAUGCUGGCCGAUUUUCUUGACCAGAUGCCACCACAUAAUGCUGUAAAACUGUGGUCGUAUCCAACCUUCACGUCCCUAGACGUACGAUGGAUCAUCAAUAUUCUGACUGCGCCGCUCAAGAAGAGAAAUAGGCAACGUCUACAAGGUGCCAGGGUGGAGAAUCAGACAGCAAUGGAUAGCGAAACAGAGGCAGUAGCCACAGGCGAUAAUCCGUGGUUUAUUGGUGGGUUGAGUAAUGGAAUGAAAUCACCGAACAAGGGGAUAAACCAGACAAAAUCUUAUGCUGUUGGCGUCAUGCUAGAAGGCUACUACGAUACGGCGAGGAAGGGUAUCUGGAUAGCAGCCAGCUUCCGACUGCUUGCGGCCGCUGCGCUAACAUUCCAGCUGGUGCGAAGAUAUAGAUCGUUCAGGAGUUCUUAA